GUAAAAGCCCAUUCAAAAACUUCGAUCUAGCUUUGUCGAAUGGAUGCCCAUCUCGAGCCAAACGCUUUAGUUUCCUGGCCAAAGGUUUUCCAAGAUGCGAAUCCUUUUUCCAUUAUCGACAAUCAUCACUUCUGUGUCCGCCCUUAGUCUAACUGAGCUCUGCACGAAGUCAAAUGCCCAGUCUGCACUUCCCGUCGCCGGAUUCUACAAUGGAAUUACUGUCGAUUCAUCCUCGGUCGUUGCGACUAUAGGCACAAAUUACUCCAUUCGCAGCAACACAUUUUUCCCCGACGCAACCAUCAAUUAUUGCAAUAUCUCGUUUGCUUAUACGCACAAUGGACGAGGGGACCUAGUUCAUGUUGCCUACUGGGUUCCAGAACCCUCUAAAUUCCGGAGUCGAUUCCUAGCUACUGGAGGUGGCGGGCUUGCGAUCAACUCCGGCGCUUCCACCGUGUCUGGAGGAGUGAGUAUAGGCGCAGUUAGUGGAUAUACGGAUGGAGGUUUUGGUAAUUUCAAUACCAAUGCUGAUGCCAUCUUCCUCCUUGCCAACGGGACCGUCAAUUGGGAGAGUGCUUACAUGUUCGGCUACCAGGCCAUACAUGAGAUGACUGUGCUUGGAAAGGAACUCGCCCGGAAUCUUUUCGGGAUCAAGAACGGGACGAAGCUUUAUGCGUAUUAUCAGGGUUGCUCGGAAGGAGGACGAGAAGGAUGGAGCCAGGUUCAACGUUAUUCCAAUGAAUUGGAUGGUGCGUCAAUUGGCGCUCCUGCUUUCCGGUAUUCUCAUCAGCAGAUCCAGCAUCUGUACUCCAAUGUGGUCGAGAAGACUCUGGACUAUUAUCCACCGCCCUGCGAAAUGAUGGCAAUUGUAAAUGCCACCAUUAAGGCUUGUGACCCGUUGGACGGGAAGAGAGAUGGCGUUGUUGCCCGAACGGACCUUUGCAAACUCCAUUUCAACAUCAACAGUACCAUUGGAUUGCCGUAUUCAUGCGCGGCCUUUUCCGGUGGUCGCGGUUUCGGACCAGGGAGUGGCAGCCCAACUCCAGCCCAAAAUGGUACUAUCUCAGCGAAAGCCGUUGCCGUAGCGCAGACUAUUCUCAAUGGAAUCCACGACCUCCACGGUCGCCAGGUUUACUUUUCAUACCAACCCAGCGCAACUUUCGCUGAUGCACAAACGAGCUACAACAACGCUACUGGUCAGUGGGAGCUCAGUAUCAGUGGCCUAGGAGCAGAAUUUGUGACGCGGUACAUUGAUCUAGUGAACUCCUCCACACUUCCCAACCUCAACGGAGUCACAUACGACACCCUGAAAGAGUGGAUCUAUCACCUAUGGCAAACUUACGACGACAGUUUCCAGGUGAAUUGGCCUGACCUGACGCGCUUUGAAGAAGCUGGUGGAAAGGUCAUCCACUACCAUGGUGAAUCUGACGACUCAAUUCCUGCUGCCAGUAGUGUACGGUACUGGGAGUCUGUCCGCUCCGUCAUGUACCCUGGUCUUAGCUAUAACGACUCUGCCACCAAGAUCCAAGAUUUCUACCGACUUUUCCUUGUCCCAGGCGGAGCCCACUGUGGCGCGAAUCAGUACCAACCCAACGGCGCAUGGCCGCAGAAUAGCCUAACGCAAUUAAUUGAUUGGGUGGAGAAGGGUAUCGAACCGAACUUGCUGAAUGGGACAGUAUCUAUGGGCGCACAGAAGGGAGAGAACCAGAAAAUUUGCCUGUGGCCUCUACGGCCGUACUAUGGUGGUAGUAAUGGGACAGAGCUAGAAUGUGUGUAUGAUCAAGUGAGUCUUGACACAUGGCAUUACAACCUUGACGCUUGGAAGAUGCCUGUUUGGUAG